CACAGGUUCUCCUCCUCGCCAAGCCAAAAGGCAAAAGCUAUAUUGUGUAAGGUGGGAGAGAGAAAAAAGGGGGCCUGCUAUCUCGUGUUCGCUGCUAGGUGGAGCCCGAGUAUUCGGCGUGAGCGGCGAAUCCACAUCCGAGUUUUGCCUCUCACCUUUUCCCCGGCUCUCCAAACCCCUCUCGGUGCUCCACACAGAAUUACUCGCAGCCAGUGCGCACAAUUGGUUUGUCAUUGUCGCGGGGAGCUCAGCAGCCGUUUGGACCCCGAACAAGUUGAGAUUCCUCCUCUCUCUCUCUCUCUCUCUCCCUCCGGCGGAGCUUUUCCUCACAAGAUCUCCUCUCUUCUUUUUUUUUUAAAUUAUUUUUUCGUGCAAUUCCUCUGGAUACUCUUUUUUUUUUGGUUGUUUUUGUCUUUUUUUUUUCUUCUGGUGAUAUCGAAAGGCUGCUGGCGUUUCGCCCUUCCAAAGCUGCAUGGGACGUGAUGUAUCCCCCGCGCAGGAGGACGGACGCCUUGUGCCAUAAAGGGAUGUAGCGGCGCGGAUACAACACGAGGGAACCUGCUUGUUUCUCCUCCAGCCACAUCACCACCGCGACUCGGAUUGUGUGGACGCACGGCAGAUUUGUUGUUGUUUUGAGGAUAUUGGGGCGAAAAGGGAGGAGGAGGACAACAGUUUUGGGGUUUUUGUCCCCCCCCACCACCACCACCACCAUCACGCACACACACACUGUGCGUCAAAGGACGGUUCCCCCCCUGAAAAAGACAGUUCACACUUUGAAUGGAAGGACGCGAGAUUUACCCUCCUCUCCACCGGUGAUUCGCCCUGGAACCCAGUGGGGACAGACCAUGGUUUUAUUAUCUGGCAUGUGACGCGCCGGAUCGGUGAGGAGAACACUCGAGAAUCGCUCUCCCCCACCCCCCACCCCUCUUUCACGCCCAGAGAUCUUAGGAAAGCAUCUGGCGCCCGCCGUGCAACAGGACCCGCGGGAAGAGUGGCGCAGUGGAGGGAGCCGCGCUGUAAAAAAGAGGCACCCGAUUCGGGCUUCUGCCACGAAAAAGACAGAGCACUGAACUCAACUGGGAACUUCGGCAGGGGGCGGUAAGAGGAGGAGGAGGCCAUGUGGACCGCACGCCUGCUAGUUCUCGCCAGCCUCUUUGCACCAGCCGCUCUGGCCUUUAGUCGAGCGCCCAUCCCCAUGGCCGUGGUGAGGAGGGAGCUGUCGUGCGAGAGCUACCCCAUCGAGCUGCGCUGCCCGGGCACCGACGUCAUCAUGAUCGAGAGCGCCAACUACGGCCGCACCGAUGAUAAGAUCUGCGACGCGGACCCAGCACAAAUGGAAAACACGAGGUGUUACCUGCCUGACGCGUACAAGAUCAUGUCCCAAAGAUGUAAUAACCGGACCCAGUGUGCUGUCGUGGCCGGACCAGACGUAUUCCCCGACCCUUGUCCCGGGACCUACAAAUACCUGGAGGUCCAGUACGAAUGCGUCCCUUACAAAGUGGAACAAAAAGUAUUCCUGUGCCCAGGGCUUCUGCGCAGGGUGUACCAGAGCGAGCACCUGUUCGAAUCUGACCACCAGUCCGGCGCCUGGUGCAAGGACCCUCUCCAAGCCUCUGAUAAGAUCUACUACAUGCCGUGGACACCCUAUCGCACCGACACAUUGACUGAAUAUUCUUCCAAAGAGGACUUCAUCGCGGGAAGGCCCACGACAACCUACAAGCUCCCACAUCGCGUCGACGGAACCGGCUUCGUGGUGUACGACGGGGCGCUCUUUUUCAACAAGGAGCGCACGCGCAAUAUUGUCAAGUUUGACCUGCGGACUCGUAUCAAGAGCGGCGAGGCCAUUAUCGCCAACGCCAACUACCAUGACACGUCUCCGUACCGCUGGGGAGGGAAGUCAGACAUCGACUUGGCCGUUGAUGAAAACGGCCUUUGGGUGAUCUAUGCCACCGAGCAGAACAAUGGGCGGAUCGUCAUCAGCCAGCUCAAUCCGUACACGCUGCGCGUCGAGGGGACCUGGGACACGGCUUACGACAAGCGCUCCGCGUCCAACGCCUUCAUGAUUUGUGGAAUCCUGUACGUGGUGAAGACGGUGUACGAGGACGAUGACAACGAAGCGACGGGAAACAAGAUCGACUACAUCUACAACACAGAACUGAGCAAAGAUGGGUUUCUGGACAUCCCUUUCCCCAACUCCUACCAGUACAUUGCCGCAGUGGAUUAUAAUCCCAGAGACAACCUGCUGUACGUUUGGAACAACUACCACGUGGUGAAGUACUCUCUGGACUUCGGAGCGUUGGACAACAGACUCGAAACGUCCUCCUCUGUGAUGGUCUUCAUGGACACGACGACCACAACGGCGAGGACCACCACCCGACCUACCACGGUUACCAUGACGUCCACAGUGGCCAGGACGACGACCACCAAGAUGCCCGCCACGACGGCCGCAGGUGCUCAGUGGCCACGGACGACAUCGAAGGUGGUGGCACCGGCGCGGACGCCGUUGGAGGGUUUGGCCCCCGAGGACGACGACAGAGCGCCGCCUUCCUCCAAGCUGCCCAACAUCAGGGUGGAGUACUGCAACCCCCUGGUGAUGAUGGACAUCUCCUGGCCCAAGACCAAGCAGGGGGUGGUGGCCAAGAUGCUCUGUCCACCUGGAACCAUAGGCGUGGCCUCAUACAUGUGCGUGGGUCCGGAGGGAUACUGGGACCCCCAGGGACCCGACUUCAGCAACUGCACCUCCCCGUGGGUCAACCUCAUCAGCCAGAAGCUAAAAGCCGGCGAGACAGCUGCGGUCAUUGCCAGGGAGUUGGCGGAGCAGACCAAGAGUAAUCUCCAGGCGGGGGACAUCACCUUCACAGUGAAGGCCAUGGUCCAGCUGGUGGAUCUCCUGGACGUGCAGCUGAGGAACCUCACGCCAGGCGGCAAGGACAGCGCCGCCCGGAGCCUCAACAAGCUGCAGAAAAGAGAGCGCUCUUGCCGGUUUUAUGUUCAGGCCAUGGUGGAGACGGUCAACAAUUUGCUGCAGCCGCAGGCCCAGGCGGCGUGGAGGGAGCUGAGCACGGGCGAGCAGCUGAGGGCCGCCACCAUGCUGCUGGACACGGUGGAGCAGGGCGCCUUCGUCCUCGCCGACAACCUGCUGAAGACGGACAUUGUGCAGGAGAACACCGAGAACAUCCAGCUGGAGGUUGCAAGGAUGAGCACAGAGGGAAAUUUACCUGAUCUGAAGUUCCCACAAACCGGAGGACAAGGCAGCUCCAUCCACCUCUCUGCGAACACGCUGAAGCAGCACGGGCGAAACGGUGAGAUUCGGAUUGCCUUCGUUCUGUACAAGCACAUCGGCAUCUACCUUUCAACGGAGAACGCCAGCAUGAAGUUGGGCAGCGAAGCCCUGGCGACCAACUACUCCGUCAUCGUCAACUCGCCGGUAAUCACGGCGGCCAUCAACAAGGACUCCAACAAAGUCUACCUCUCUGACCCAGUCAUUUUCACCAUCAAGCACCUCCAGCAAUCCAAGGAGAACUUCAACCCCAACUGUUCAUUCUGGAGCUACUCCAAGAGAACCAUGACUGGCAUCUGGUCCACGCAGGACUGCCGUUUGCUGGGCACCAACAGGACCCACACCACGUGCUCCUGUACCCAUCUGACCAACUUCGCCGUCCUCAUGGCUCAUGUGGACGUCAAGCACGCGGACCCCGUUCACGACAUGCUCCUGGACGUCAUCACCUGGGUGGGGAUCCUCCUGUCCCUGGUCUGCCUGCUCGUCAGCCUCUUCACCUUCUGCUUCUUCCGGGGCCUCCAGAGCGACCGCAACACCAUCCACAAGAACCUGUGCAUCAGCCUGUUCGUCGCCGAGUCCCUGUUCCUGGUGGGCAUCAACCGGGGCGACCAGCCGAUUGCCUGUGCCGUCUUCGCCGCCCUGCUCCACUUCUUCUUCCUGGCCGCGUUCACGUGGAUGUUCCUGGAGGGCGUGCAGCUCUACAUCAUGCUGGUGGAGGUGUUCGAGAGCGAGCACUCGCGACGCCGCUACUUCUACCUGGUGGGCUACGGAGUUCCUGCGCUGAUCGUGGCGGUUUCAGCUGCGGUGGACUACCGAAGCUACGGCACAGACCGGAUUUGCUGGCUUCGCCUGGACACCUACUUCAUUUGGAGUUUCAUAGGACCGGCAACCUUGAUAAUUAUGCUCAACGUUAUCUUCCUGGGCAUCGCUCUCUACAAGAUGUUCCAUCACACGGCCAUCUUGAAACCAGACUCCGGUUGCCUGGACAACAUCAACUACCGUUAUUAUGAUGGAUGUGUUAUUGUAGAGUGGCACUGCUAUCAGGAUUAUGAACCUGAGAUCAAAUCUUGGGUGAUCGGGGCCAUCGCCUUGCUGUGUCUGCUGGGCCUGACCUGGGCCUUUGGUCUGAUGUACGUCAACGAGAGCACGGUGGUCAUGGCCUACCUGUUCACCAUCUUCAACUCGCUGCAAGGAAUGUUCAUCUUUAUCUUCCACUGUGUCCUGCAGAAAAAGGUGCGUAAGGAGUACGGAAAAUGCCUGCGUACUCACUGCUGCAGUGCGAAAAGCGUGGACAGCUCCAUCGGCUCUGGGAAAGGCACGGCCUCUCGAGCUCCGGGACGCUACUCCACCGGGUCACAGAGUCGCAUCCGUCGGAUGUGGAACGACACGGUCAGAAAGCAGUCCGAGUCCUCUUUCAUGACCGGCGACAUCAACAGCUCUGCGUCCCUUAACAGAGGGGCUAUGGCUAACCAUCUUAUACCAAAUGCACUCCUACGUCCUCAUGGCACUAACAAUCCCUAUAAUACAUUGCUUGGGGAAUCGGCAGUCUAUAACAACCCUCUGGGCAUGUACAACACACAAGAGCCCUACAGAGAGACAAAGGGAAUCCUGAACAAUGCCCGGGAUACAAGUGUCAUGGAUACUCUACCACUGAAUGGUAACCAUGGCAACAGCUACAGCAUCGCCAGCGCCGAGUACAUGAGUGACUGCGUCCAGAUCAUUGACCGGGGCUACAACCACAAGGAGACCACCCUGGAGAAGAAGAUCCUGAAAGAGCUCACCUCCAAUUAUAUCCCCUCCUACCUCAACAAUUCCCACGAGCGCUCAACCGAGCAGAACCGGAACCUCAUGAAUAAGCUGGUCAACAAUGUCAGCAAUGGCGGCAAGGAUAGCGGCUACGGGAUGGGCUUGGGAGUGGGCAUGGGCAUGAAUGUGGCACUGAGCCUGGAUGACCACUCAACUUUUGGCCCACACCAUGACGAAGGCCUGGGCCUGGAGUUAAUCCGUGAGGAGUCUAACGCCCCGCUGCUGCCCCAAAGACCGCCCCCUUCCCUGCAGGCAGUGGACAACCUUCACAGUCAUCUCCACCCGUCAGCGCCGCCGCCCCUGCCCCUGCCCCACCACCCCUUCACGUCCACCACCGCCUCCUCCUCGUCCCGAAGGAGGAUCCCCCAGGAGAACAGCGAAAGUUUCUUUCCCUUACUCACUAACGAGCACACCGAGGACGAGGGCUCGUCGCCCACCCACAACCACCAGAGAGACUCCCUGUACACCAGCAUGCCCAUGCUGCCCGGCCUGCCCGAUGUGUCCGCAGGAUCUGCCGACAGCUCCAAAGACGGCGGGGAUGCCAAGAGCCCGGAGGCCAGCUCGGACGACGUUUACUACAAGAGCAUGCCCAACUUGGGCUCGCGUAACCACCUGCAUCAGCUGCACUCCUACUACCAUCUAGGGCGGGGCAGCAGCGAUGGCUUCAUCGUGCCGCCAAACAAAGAGGAUCUAUCCCCAGAAGAAGCCCACCAGGAGCCCUCGCAUCUGGUCACCAGCCUAUAGGCCCCAAAAACCACCCACCCAAUAGUGUCCCUCCUAUUACCGUAGUCCUCCUCCUCCGUGUCCUCUUGUUCUAUCAGUCGUUGGCAGUGGUAGCCUUUCUUUUUAUUCAGUGUUCUGAAGACUGAAGCGGAGCGAAAAACAAACUGUGCUCUCGCUGUUGCUGACCACAACCAGGAUAGCGAUUGCGACGUAUGGGGGCGAGUACGUGACUAUAUUUGGUUAGAAAAAGCGGGAAUCUGUUGAUGUUGUGUUUCCCCCCUCAAACCCCGUGUGGUUUGGCGUGUUUUGUCUCGGUGUGAAAAGAGGCAAUUGCUCGAGCAGGAUUGUUAGGUCUCAGAGAUAAAGUACGACAGUCGAAAACGGAACUGCACAGCCCCCCCCACCCCACCCCACCAACUAUACAAGUCUAAAUUAUAGACUUCACCAUAAUAAAUGGGAAAUUUAAAAAAGGACUAUUUUAUUAUUCUUCUGUAUCUAUAUUGACUUUUUGAAAGAUUUUCUUCCUCUUUGGUGAGUUGCAGCACAUUUUGUUUGCUGAAGUGUCCCUUCAACGAGAAAAAAAAAAGGAGAAUCAAAAAACACACAAAAAAAAACAUUUUGGACAAUUACCAUGAAGGAAUUAUUGAUCGUAUGCUUUCAAGCAUAGCUGUUCUUUUUUUUCUUUUCUUUCAUUUUACUGUAAUAACAGUUGUUAAAAGAGGGAGAAAAAAAACUAAUACAAGAAUUAUGAGAUAUUUCUAUGUAAUUGUACAGAUAACUAGCAUUGCACAUAAUAGUAUGCUUUUUUUGUUUUUUGUUUUUUGUUCCGAGCAAAACCCUUUUGUCUCUGUAAAUGUAGUGAUUAGGAGAAAUUUUGUUCUGUUGUGCUGGCCUCUCUGGGUUUCUGGUAACAGUCUGUUUCUUUUUAUUUUUAAUUUUUUUCUCCUCUUUUAUCACUUUCCACACAUAAUCAUCGUAAUAGAAACAAAAAUAACACAAACAGGUAUCCCUCAGAAAGGUUCAUUGUGCAUUCUGCAUCUCUAUUGGCAUUCAGUAAACGCUUGUGCUUCUCCGAAAAAGAGAACAAAUGGAACAUUGACGAGCACUAGGCACUUGUACAAAAAAAAAAGAAGAAAGUUGGCUGUUUUACCUAUUAAAGAAAGAGCUUUUGGAGUGAGGAAAUACUGGAAGUGUUUUUCUUUUUUCUUCCUCCAGGAGAAAACAUAUUUAUUUAUUUGUUCAAAUGAACCGUACUAAAUGGGGGAGCGGAGGUAACUUUAGCGGCACAAAUACCUUUUUAUUUUUAUUUUCAUGGCUUCUUAUUUAUUCCUUUUUUGUAUUGGUUUCCAAGCUGAAUGGCAUAGCUAAUAUUUGUUGUAACAGUGAAACUUGUUUACCAACAAAUAAAUCCCUGAUUAAGGUUCAUAACUUAGCUGCGGGGGGGACGUUUUGUCUGGGCCUUGGAAUCACUUUUGUACGGAUACCAGUGAAGGACCUCGACACACGAUGGAGCGAUCAGUUCUUUUUCUUUUUUUUAAUCAUCAGUUAAUCUCCCUCAUUAGCCCUCUGUCUAUUUCAGUGCCAAAUACAUUUGGCCCAGCAGCAGUGGAUGUGCUCUGUAUGCUCUGGUCUGCUUUACGAUAGAAGCAGUUGAUUUCAUAAGCUGUAAUAAAUAUUUCAAUAUCA